AUGACCACACUCUGCGCCGCUAUGGAGUGGCGAGAUUGGGAUACCAUCCUGUUGGCGCGCGUCGACGACUCCUGGUGUUACGUGAAGGGUCACCACCGCAUGUGUGCGAUGUUCGCUCUACUGUACACCUUCUGGAAAACGCAACAAGACCUGCCCUUUUGGCUCGUCGAGAUGGCGACAGCUGUGAAAGUGGAGAAUGCCGGUCAUCGAAGCCGCCAGGAGUGUUGUGGCGUAGUUGUCUUUCACUCGCUGUUUUCCGGCGGGGGAGGGAGAGAGAGAGAGAGAGAGAGAGAGAGAGAGAGAGAGAGAGAGAGAGAGAGAGAGAGAGAGAGAGAAAAAAAAUGUAUAUAA